AUGGAUGUUAACAUGGAUAUAGACUUUGACGCUGGUACGGGCAUGGAUACCGGGACGCAGCAACCCGCGCAGGUACGCGACGACGGCAACACGGCUAUGCCUGCCGCUUAUUUCGAGAACCUCGACGCAAGGCCUGUCCAGCAAUGGCCCGAGAUCUUGAACCUGCAGGGCGUGAACGAGUUCGACCCCAAUGACCCGCUAUACUAUGCCAUGGAGCAUUGCCCGGAACCGCGCGUCAAACAACUGCGCUGGAUAAACGAUGCGUCGGUCAAUCUCGAAUACUAUAGCGCCCAGGAUGCCGCGGUAGCUCUCCAAGCGCUCACCGACCCUGCAGCCCCCGCCUCAUUGUCCCCCGACACAAGCCGCAAAGCGCGACCGUAUUCGAAGCAGCCGCGCGUCGAGCUCGUCAUACGACAGGCCAAUAUCGGAGACCAGAAGCCGAGAGGCGCUGCCAAUCGCAGCAACUACUAUAGGCAGAAUCCUGAGGUUCGCGGCGAUCGUGGACAUGAACUUCGGCGACGUCCGCCGCCGCGAAGGGAUUUCCUAGACUAUGAUGGGCAUGGGUUAGAACCAAGGGAGCACAAGCGACGAGGCGUGAGCGGCGAUACGUCAAUGAACGACGAUUCCGAGUUCGACAACCGGAGAAACCGCCGGAAUGGCAAUCGAGACAGAGGCGGAAGACAUCGAGGAGCAGAUGUUCUUGAUUCAUAUCGACCAAGCUCCGGGAGGUAUGGUCGCUCAGCUUCCGUUAACGGUCACAAAUCGCUGACAUCAAUUAGCUCACGCGAGUCGCGCUAUGGACGUCUGAGAGGGCGGAGCGCUUCACCUGGCUCGGCCGAUGAGGGCGAUGGCCGCCUGGGCUUCGCUGAAGAUGGGACGUCGAUGCGCCGUCGCUAUCGAAGCCGGAGCUGCAGCCGUAACAACCGACGACGCCUUGAACCCAGUGGCGAGCGAUGGACCCACGACCGGGCUGCGUUCACUGAUCAGGGACAUGGGCCAUCGGAUGGAAGAUGGGUCAAAGAUUCCUCAGCUGUGCGGUAUUCCGAUGCGUUUUCAACCAAUCGCAAUCAUCGACGGAGCGACGCAACCGACGAGACCGCCAAUUCCCGCAAGGGUUCGCUUCUCGCUCGGAUGACAAAGGACGGAAAGCCGGUGGUGGCGCCACGGUCGUUGGCUAGCCGCAUAACACGCGAUGACGAUAAUGAUGAGGAUUCCACAUACGGUCGGCUCAAGAACGACUAUAGCGACCCCAGGAGUACUGAAUUCUCAGAGUCUGCCCCGAAACUCGGGCUCGCUAGUCGGAUUACGAGGGACGACAAGGAAGUACACGUCCGUGGACGAUCCGAACAGUCUGAGGGCAUCAACAUUCGUGGCGCUGCUUCACAGCACGGUGGAUUCUUCAUUCGCGGUGUCGCUGGCGGUGCAUAG